GUUCACAUGUCUAUUUGUGGACCAGUCAGCUAAAAAUCCGUGUUAUUUGGAAUACAUUUGUUAUUAUCCAAAAAAGUACAAAUUAUGUCGGAGACCACUGUUGUUGAGAAGGGAAUGUCCAUUUUCCUGGACGUGUUCAGGAGAGCAGACAAGAAGGAUGAUGGGAAAAUAUCGUGGGAGGAGUUUGUAGCCUUUUUCGCUGAUGGAGUGAUGAGCAAAGAAGAAUUAAGAAGUCUUUUUGAUGAGAUUGACACACAUAAAACCAACUAUAUAGACCCGAAAGAAUUGUGUGACUAUUUUUCAACGCAUCUAGGACAGUUUAAAGAAAUCCUCAGUCUAGUCGAAGAUCUGAACACCAAGGUCAGCAACAUGCUCCUGUCUACAUCAAAGACUUACCCUGAGAAAGGCCGCACUGACCAAUUUAUCACGCGGUUUCUGAUGGGUCUUGUAAUGGAUCAAGUCUGCGCUCUACAGAGACCAUUAGACUCGGCAACAGAGGCAUUAGAUGAGGAAGCAAAAAAUGAGAGGACUGACAUUGUACCUGUGCAGGUAGAUGAUGUUAAAGAAAAACCAAAGGAUGUUGCAAUAAUUCCAGGACGUGUUGUGAGACGGGCCAAAAGACAGACCAGUUCCCAGACAAGUUAUGAAGCGCAACAGGCUGUUGGCAUCUCUCAGGUUGCCCUCGACUCCCAGGUUGAAAGAUUGAGUUCUCUUCUGGACAGACUUGAGAAAAGGGUAAAUUUUGAUGGGAUCGUUGAUGAAGAAGUGGAUGUUACAGAUGAUAAAAAGGUUUCUCUGUACCAGUUGGAGAUGACAAUCAAGACAGGACAGGAACAGGUCUUCAAGCAAUGUAUGAGGGACUAUAUAGAGGCAACAAAUGCUGCGCCCGGAUGCUUAAAUGUGACAGUAAGAAGCUUCAAGGACUCGAACCAGUUCACCAUGUAUGAAGUCUGGACCAGUGAAGGACAGCAGACCAGUCAUGCAGAGUCAGCUGCUGGUCAAGCGUUUAAGAAGAGUUUGAGCGAGAAUACACAGGACCCUGGACAGGCGAGUUCUGUGAGUAUACCAGCAACAUGGUGGCAAAGGGACCAGUAAAGGGGCCAGGUGUUAGUCAAGGUAGGAACCAGCAGACUGAAGAUGGGAACCAGAAGACAAAUGUAGCUCUAGUUAAUCUUAACCAUCAGUUGUUGUUCACUUUUAUUAUACACAAUAUCAGGUUUUUAUUUAUAAUAUCAUAUCUAUAUAUUAUAUAUAUAAUUGAUGAAUGUUUCCCACCAGAUGUAGUUGUUUGGUUAUGUGCCAAAUGAAAGAGCACAGUCUUAAAAUAUAAAGUAUUAAAAUAAAUACUCAAAAAAAGUAUAUUAUCUGUGUGUUUAGAUUCAGUAUGUAUGGAUUACAUAUGUAAAAAUUGUUCGUUCUUGUCAGUUAUAUAUAUUUGAUAAUGAACUUGUCCAUCUUUCAAUUUGGACAGUACCAUUGCUUACCAAAAAGAUACUGACUGAAUGGCAAACAGUGUAAUCUUGAUUAGACUGCCUGGAUAUGCAAGAUGAUCUUCACUGGUCACAAAGGAAGAAUUGAUCGUAUUAAGCACGAUAAGGGUUAAAUCCUAAUGAUAAUGAAUCAGCAUUCAAAUUAAUAAAUACUAGAUUUUAAUGGACACACACACAAGAAAACAUUACACUCUUGCAGAUGGAUUUGAACACAUUUUAAGGCAUUAAGAUCAUAAAUGUUUUGUUAAACCUGUGCUAUGUUAUUUUUGGAAAUUUAUUACAACAACCUUGUAGAGUUUCUAAAAUGCUUGUUAAUUUUUGAAGUCAGCAUUGUCAGAAAAAGGACCAAAUUUUUAUUUUAAGGGUGUUGUAGAAAUGUGACCAAAACAUCACCAUGACAACUAAGUUAUAUUACAUGUGUUACUUUUACAGCCAGUGUUUGCCUAUUUCUAUCUUGCAGUGUAAAAAUUGGACAAUAUAAUUUUCAUUCAUAUUAUAAAACUGUCAGGUAUGCCUGUCUCUUGUCUCUUGCUUAUUGUUUAUGAAAAUGAUAGCUUUUGGAUCAGUUCAGUUUUAUGUUGUUUGAAAGGACCUUUUUAUAUAUAUACAUUUAUAUAUGUUUACAUACAAUUUAUUAUUAUAAGGCAUUUUAUUGUUAUGUUUAUCUGUUAGAUGUAUCUUUUACUCAUAUGAUAGUCUGUCUUUUUUAGUGGAAUGUGCUUUAAAUACCUUUAUUCUGCCACAUUUCAGAAACAAAUAUUUUCACAAGCCGGCUUCAGAAUAAAAAAAUGUUUUGUUCUUUUAAAUUACCUUUAAUUUAUUUUAUAGUUACCUUACAGUGUUGAUGUUGUUUGUCAUUCAUGUAGUAAGAUUGAUUAUGCAAUAAAUAGUUCUCCAGAUAA